GGCUGAGGGCUCUGUAGCCAUGGCGGCGGGCGGCAUUGAUCCUCGGGCGGGCGACGUAGAGGAGGAUGCCUCGCAGCUCAUCUUUCCCAAAGAGUUUGAAACAGCAGAGACACUUCUGAAUUCAGAAGUUCACAUGCUUCUGGAGCAUCGAAAGCAGCAGAAUGAGAGUGCAGAGGACGAACAGGAACUCUCGGAGGUCUUCAUGAAAACAUUAACCUACAUAGCCCGUUUCAGUCGUUUCAAAAACAGAGAGACCAUUGCUAGUGUCCGUAGCUUGCUUCUUCAGAAGAAGCUACAUAAGUUUGAGUUGGCUUGUUUGGCCAACCUUUGCCCAGAGACUGCUGAGGAGUCAAAGGCUCUGAUCCCAAGCCUGGAGGGGCGGUUUGAAGAUGAGGAGCUGCAGCAGAUUCUUGAUGAUAUCCAGACAAAGCGCAGCUUUCAGUAUUAAUCUCCAGAUGCCACUCUUCUCCUUGGGUCUGCCUUGCACAGAACUUCUAUUGCAGAAGACAGUGGCUUCUUUUGGAGAACAUAGCCCAGUUUGUUGUAGAUGACCAUGUAAUUUUGUGGCCUUGCAGUAGCUGCUUGAGGCAUGCCACUACUGGGAAGGGUGAGGCAGGGUGAUGGGUGAGACAUGCUGUUGACUACCUCACACUCUGGUUUGUGGACUCCAUGUUAUUUUUUAUCUCUAAUUUCAUAUUUUAAUUUCAAUGUCUUUGUAGUUUUUGAAGCUAAACGAGAACAUAGAACAUGUUAUUGGGAAAGAGCAUUUGCAAAACCAAACCAGUGUCAUUGUGUGAAAUUCUUAAGAAAGGGCAAGUGUACUAAUGACUAAGAGAGCUUUGACAUCACUGUGCCUUACUCAGGAGAUAGGAAGGAAGCCCAGCAUGGGAAGCAGGUACACUGGGGGAUGACCUUUCCAUGUUGUGGCCCUUAGCCUUGAGACAGACCUUUUUUCUUGAGCUGUCACCCAGGGUGGAUUUGGAUUGGCCCUGAAGCACUUGUCACUCAAAUGAAGAUUUUUUUUUUCUCCUCCAUAGGCCAGGCUUGAAGGUCUAUACAGUUUCUUGGGGCAUUUAAUCUAUACCCUGGCUUGCUACUUAGCAACUUCCACUUCUAUAGUGGAAGUGAUGUGGAAGGAGGAAUGUGCCCUUUCCUGAGCAACUGCUUGAGGCUAGGUAGGGGAGAUGCUGAUGCCUAAACAGUCUAGCUUUCUGUUUAUUUUAUCUAUUAAGUUUUUUAGUACUGAGGUAGAACCCAGGGCCUCACGUGUAUAGGCAAGUGCUCUUCCACUGAGUUAUGUCUUCAGCCUAGUUCUUUCUUUCUGACACAAUGGAUGUGAAUUCAUGAUCCUAUAAUCCUAUUUAAUUGGGAGUCUGAGAUCGGGAGGAUUGUGGUUUUAAUGCCAGCCCAGCAAAUAGUU